AAAUCCUCGGAGGACGGCACACGGUUGAUCGAUCAGUACGAGUACGACGAGAGCUAAGUAAACUUAGCUAUAUCGAUCGACCAUGGCGUCCAGGACUAGUGCUACUGCCGGCAUGCUGCUGCUCGCCGCCGCGGCUGCGCUGGUGUGCAGCUCGGCGGCGGCGAGGAUGCCGCCGUUGGCGAAGGGGUUGUCGUUGGGCUACUACGACGCGAGUUGCCCGCAGGCGGAGGCCGUCGUGUUCGAGUUCCUGCAGGACGCCAUCGCCAAGGACGUCGGCCUCGCCGCGGCGCUGAUCCGGCUCCACUUCCACGACUGCUUCGUCCAGGGCUGCGACGCCUCCAUCCUGCUCGACAGCACACCCACCGAGAAGAGCGAGAAGUUGGCGCCGCCGAACAAGACCCUCCGCAAGUCGGCGUUCGACGCCAUCGACGAUCUCCGCGACCUGCUCGACAGGGAAUGCGGCGACACCGUCGUGUCCUGCUCCGACAUCGUCACCCUCGCCGCCCGCGACUCCGUCCUCCUCGCCGGUGGCCCGUGGUACGAUGUUCCCCUCGGCCGCCACGACGGCUCCAGUUUCGCGUCUGAGGACGCCGUCCUGAGCGCGCUCCCGUCGCCGGACUCCAACGUCACCACGCUCCUCGAAGCGCUGGGCAAGCUCAAGCUCGACGCCCACGACCUCGUCGCCCUCUCCGGCGCGCACACCGUCGGCAUCGCGCACUGCACUUCCUUCGACAAGCGCCUCUUCCCUCAAGUCGACCCCACCAUGGACAAGUGGUUCGCCGGCCACCUCAAGGUCACCUGCCCGGUGCUGAACACCAACGACACCACCGUCAACGACAUCCGGACGCCCAACACCUUCGACAACAAGUACUACGUCGACCUGCAAAACCGCCAGGGCCUCUUCACCUCCGACCAGGGCCUCUUCUUCAACGCAACCACCAAGCCGAUCGUCACCAAGUUCGCCGUCGACCAGUCGGCCUUCUUCGACCAGUACGUCUACUCCGUCGUCAAGAUGGGCAUGAUCGAGGUGCUCACCGGCUCGCAGGGGCAGAUCCGCAAGCGCUGUUCGGUGUCCAACGCCGCCGCCGCCGGCGACCGUGCUUGGUCCGUCGUGGAGACCGUCGCUGAGGCCGCCGAGAGCUUGGUGCUGUAGGGUGCUAACAAGGAUGGCUAGUUUAAUUAAGCUUAUUUCCUUGAUAAAUAUUUUGUUGCUUCCAAAUGUCAUGAGUAUGUACACUUGCGUGUAUUUUGUAGCUUAUUUUUUAUUUGCAAAUAAAGUUGAAUAUAUGAAAACUAUUUAAAUCC